GAAAUUGGCGAGGUGGGACGUGUUUUUCGACUAACGAGUUUCGGAUUGCAAUUCGAAUGCCAGGAACGUGCUAUUGGCGCGCAAUCGACGCCAUGACAGUUGAAAAUCAUUUCGAGCGAAUUUCAAAUGGAAUGUUGUUCGUGGACCAUGGAGAAUUUCACCAGCAUUCACGACAUCCUUGUGCAGCAGCAUCAUCGUCGGUUCAUCACCAAGGUACUACUUGAUUGCAUUCUACAAUUGGUGAGUUAUUGCAUACUAUUUUUUGUUUCUCUGGUACUCAAUCAUGUUGAUUGUACUUUGUGUUUUUUAAUAUGAUAAUCUAAAUUUCGAUCGUCUUCGAAUAAGUGAUUCUCGAAAUCGGGGAUAGCGUUGCAAUCUUCUUCCAGUCUGAAUCGAUAACAUUGGAAGUGAUAGAAAUGGUAAAACACUCGAGAGUCCCCCAUUCAUGUGAUACGAAAUAGAAUUGCUUGCCACCAAAGGUGGGCAAGAUUUUAUUCGAACAAUAGAUGACAAAUAAAAUCAACUAAUAACGAUUCAUUCGUGACGUUUGUUCGAUCGAUACAGAGUGAAAGAUAAUCAGAACUGUAUAGUACACUUUUGAAACACCCGGUACAAUAUUUAAGCUCAAUAACUCAAGACUCAAUAAAUUCGACAAUAAAUCAAUGUUUAUUAAACAAUUUUCUUUCGAAACUGAACAAUUUAUUGUUACAAUUAUUGCGGGAAAUAAAAUAACGAGAAAUGUUAGAUAAAGGAACGAUUGCAGAUGCUAAAAUAGCGUACAGAAUGAUCGCAAGUAACGAUUUAAAUAGUAAUGGAUGAUUGACAUCGAAAGGCAUUACGUUCGAACGUGAAACAUUGUCCGAGUAAUUGUAAAACAUUGCCGCGAAGUUACAUAUAUUAUUAUAUGAUUAAGAUCAUAUUUGAUUAGUGUAAGUGAGUUUUGCGAAGGCACCAUGAAUCGCCUGUUUCAAUUACAACGAAUUGCGCGCGCACGCUUCAUGGCGACGUCGUGCCAUAGUCCGUCGGUCAGAGCACUACCCUCCGUAUUAUCGAAGAUACGUUCGUUGUCGUUCGAUCCGUCGGGUGUUAUCGCUUCGUUUCGCGUCCGACCAGCGAGUCGAGAUUAUUUUCAACGGACCUGUCCUACCAAAUCGUCAAGACGAAGUUCAAAAUGCCAUUGGGCAAUCACGCUGCCCUUACACCCCUGGAGGACAUGUCAGCUGGUCGGGGACAAGGAGGUGGGGGGCCUCCACCAAAUUGUCAGAAAGUUUUUAUACAACGUGACUACAGUGAAGGCACUAUGGUUAAAUUUCAGACAGAGUUUCCAACGGAAUUAGAGAGCAGACUGGACAGACAGUCGUUCGAGUAUACGAUCACUCAGUUGAACAACUACUUUGCCGAAGCGGAACGGGCCAGUUGUUCUACGUACUGCGAAGGCUGCCUCGCCUGUCUCACUGGUUAUCUAAUUUAUAUAUGUACAGAGACUCAUUACGAAAAGUGUUUGCGAAAAGUGGCAAAGUUUGUUAACGAACAAAAUGACAGAGUCUACAAGCCACGUGGGUUGUUAUUAACAGAUCCAACGAUGCGUGGACUUAGGCUAAUAGAAAUUUCAGUAUUGGACAGACCUGCGUCGUGACUGCACAUUAGCCGAUCCAGGGAGUUCUUUAUGUGAUCCGUGCGCUUCUGCCACUUUGCCAGGAUUGCAGACCUAUGUGAGCCGAUGAGUGUUUCUGGACAUAAUUACGUUGAGCUCCGACCUCUUUUGUUUUAGUUAAUGCAACGUGAAUUUCGUAACGAUCCACGAUGAUUUACAAUUUCCAGUGAACCGUUUUGUAAACAUACACGCAAUAUUGUCACGAAUUCAGCGAACGACACCCUAUCCCUCUUCGAAAUUACACAGAAUAAGAAUCGAUUCUCUCGUUCAAGGGCAAAUUUUAUAUUUCACGGAUGCAAACAGAAUCGAUGGAAUUUAACAAUUUAUCACAGGUUUUGUCUGCAAACAACGACAGAGUUUAUUUUUGCAUGUAUGUUUUGAUCGGUUUAGAAUUAUUGUAUUUGGAGUCCACAUAUAGAGUUCAGUUAAAACAUGGACACGUACAGAGACCAUGGCGUUGUACAAGUUAAAUUUUAUGCGCGUACAGUUAUAUAUAUAUAUAUACAUAUAUAUAUAACAGUGCAAAUAAAACGUUUAACGCGAAGGAACGGGGCCAUACGUUUAUUUCAGAACAAUUGUUACGCGCGCAACAAGUCGCGUUAAAAAUACAAAAGCUUUAUUUACAAAUCCGGUACCGUAUUCGUUCCUUCGCGCAUUGGGCGAGGUUUAAACAGUUUUUUGCUGUUCGUUUAAAGACUUUAUCGUCAUCUGCAUUUAAUAGGCGACACACGAAUCAAACUUGACCGCCACGCGGUUCGCGCGGGGAACAGGGUUUGGCUUCAAGUUUGAUUCACCGUCCCCGUCAAGUACUGAAAAUGUUUAUCUCCGCGCGUUCUAAGUUUCUAUGCUUCGUAAACACUAAGAGCGACAUUGAUUAUUUCCUCUUCCGCGAUCUAUCUUCCACGAUGCUUUUACGUUCACGAGAACGCCCGAGUCGAUUUUCCGUUUCUGUUUCGAGCACGUGCGUGAAGCCGAGUAAUUCGCCUUGCCGUUGGACGACACCUCUCCAGAUAACUAACAGAAUUCGAAACGAAAUUGCUGGCACAAAAGUAUUUGCGCUGAGAAGUCCAGGGAUUGGCUAAGAGAAAUUGUACAAAAAUAAAGAGAAAAAAAAAUACCGAAAAACGAAAAAAAAGAAAAGACGAGAACAAAAAAGAGGUGAUUAUAUUAGUAGAAUACAUUGUAUUAAACGGAUUAAUCGUGUGAACAUUGUGAUCAAGGAUAAAAUUACGAUUACGCGCACCGACGUCGCGGUGCCCAGGUGUGUAUAUUGUAUGCGUGAUGAUCGUUUUUUAUUUUAUAUUUUUGUACAGUAUAACGCGAGCGAUUCAACUUUCAGAAAUCUCUCUCUAUCUCUCUCUCUCUCUACGCAUCCGGCGAUCGUGCGCGCGGGGUGCUCGUUUUUUGAGUCAUUUUCGAUUUGAUUCGUUUUAAGGAACGAGAGAUGAUCUCAUGCGAGCCGCGACUUCUGAUUCCAUUUUUUAUCCGCGACUUUCACACGGCGGUCUGAUUUUACAGCGGUACGCGUAUCCGCCGCGACUAUAAUUAUUACGGAUGUGAAGUGUUCGAGCGUCGGGUAUACUUACCUACCACACGUAACCGUGUCACAAAGAGGAGCAUGAUUAAUUUUAUACUGCGGUAAAAGUAUUCGCCUCGUCCUUGGUCACAAUGAACGCGGAGCCUGUUCGACGUAAUUAUGCGACCAAAUCGAUGGACAAGACCUUUGAGGCUUCUAGGGCCUGGGAUUCUUACGGUUGAUAUUGUGUGUGACUUCCAGGUGGAAAGUGUUGUCGAUUCGAAAGUGUGCUCGUGCAGAGUUUCGUCGGAGAUACGCGUGAAUAUUUGUCGAGUCGAAUCUGUACGCCAAGAGAAGUAAAAAACUCCUUAGUAUUCGAGUACACCGCUACAAAAUCGAUUAGAGACUAUUCGAGGAACAUCUGAUAUUAUAGCGUGUAGAUUGAACUCGUUAAGUGAUUGGUAUUAAUCAGCGUCACGAUUAAUAUCAAUGGAUUCUGUGAUGCGAAUAUAGUUGGAAAAAUAAUAUCAAUUGGUCGUGCGAGGCCGUUGAGGGCUGGUCACCAACAGCUUCUCUGUUCUUUGUUUCAAGGAUCUGAUGAUAUGAUCGGUAUCGUACAGUAUCAUACAACAUCAUCGAGUGGCAUUUAAUAUCAUCUUAUCAUAUUGCAUCCAUACAUUAUCGUACAUUAUCAUACGGUAUCGUACGACAUACAUUAUCAUGCAACAUACGCACUAUCAUACACUAUCAUACAACGUCAUACGCAAGCAUACGAUAUCAUAUGGUAUCGUACAACGACAUGUAUUAUCAUGCAACAUACGCGCUAUCAUACACUAUCAUACGGUAUCGUACAACGACAUAUAUUAUCAUGCAACAUACGUAUUAUCAUACACUAUCAUACAUUAUCAUACAGUGUCAUAUGCAAGCAUACAAUAUCAUACAUUGUCAUACAACGAUAUAUAUUAUCAUGCAACAUACGUACUAUCAUACACUAUCAUACAGCAUCGUAUGCAAGCAUACGAUAUCAUACACUGUCAUACGGUAUCGUACAACGACAAGCAUUAUCAUGCAACAUACGUACAUUAUCAUACAACGUCAUGCUGCAACCAUACGACAUACAUCGCCAUACGGUAGUAUACAGUGUUACGUUAUCAUACACUAUUAUACCAAUGUCUGUACCGUAUCGUACAGUAUUAUAUUAUCAUAUUAUAUCAAACGAUAACAUGAACAGGUACACACGAGCAUUACACUGUGGGAUCGGUGUGUCGUCAGAGUCCUUGUAGAAGAUGGCUGCAAAGCUGACACGACGUUAGGACAAGUUUUGAUAAGGGACAGAGGGAGGGCAGGCACCAAGAAGCAGCGAACAUUUUCCACCGUAGGAGUUUACGAAUCUUGCCAAAUAGCCGCGCCACUGCCUCGAACAAUUUUAUUUUCCGUUUACCAGCGAACGAAACUGAACGAAACGAAAUAAAGAAAACGAAUCUCAGACAGCGUUAACAGAUAGAUCUUGAGCGUAAAGAUCAAGAGAGUAAAAAAACUUCACGGUUCGGUUUGUUUGCGUCGCGACGUUACGCGCGCCAGGCUCCGCACGUAUGCAACGGGCGCGACGUUGCAUAAUGUGUAAAUAGCGAAUUAAUCGUCGAUAACACGGAGUAUCAAGAAAGAAGAACCGUUUGUUAUACUUAAUUUAAUUGUAGGACCAAAACGUUUGAUGAUUCGUUACUGUAAAGGACACCAUCGUUCGAGUGUAAUUU